AUGGACCCGGGUUGGGGGCCCCUGACCUCGGUCUUCGCGGCGGCGCUUGGCUGGGCCGGUCACUGCGCGUUUGGGGGCUGGCACGCUGCGUGCAGCCCGCCCGUGGAGGGCUCUCGCGCGGCGUGGGGCGGGGGGCCCGACGCCGCCGACUGCGCGUGCCCCGUGUGCACGUGCGACGAGGAGCUGCGGCAGCUCCUCGCCCAGCAGGCCGCCCUGGAGUGGUGGCGGCUGGUGGCGGCGGCGCUGGGCACCGUCGCGCUGCUGGCGGUGGUGCUCCUUGCGCUGCUCGGCCUCUGCUGUGCCGGGGCGCGCUGCUGGUGCUGCGGGCGUUCGGCGCUGAUGGCGCUCGGGCUGAAUGUGGACGAGCCGCAGGUGCUGGCGGUCAUCGAGGGCUACCCAGAGAACUGGCAGCACCGGCUCCUGCUGCGGCGCAUCAAGGAGUCGCGAUGGGUCGCCCUCGGCCCCGAUGGCGGGCUCGAGGUCAUGGACCUCGGCGGGUUCGAGCUGCUCCCCUUGGCGCGCGGCGCAGCGGUGCCGGCGCGGGUCGCGGGGGACUGCGCGAUGAUCUCGCCCCUCACCGACGGCGAGCUGCUGGGGCACCACGCGGCAGCGACGCGGCUGGCCGUCAUCAUGGGCGCGGAGGGCGUCCCAGGGGCGCCGGCCGCUGGCAGCGGGGUGUGCUGGCGGAUCGCGGACACCAGCGCGCUCGAGUUCGGGCAGGAGGUGCCGUCGGACGAGGUGGCGAGCGCUGGCGUCGUGAAGGGCGCCGUGGCCCUCGUCUACUGGGGCGAGCCGCGGCGGUGGCUGUUCGCGGAGCUGGUUCCCAGCGCCGAGUACGCCAGCUGGGAGCGCGACAAGCAGAGUGGAGCUGGGCGGGACCGCCGCCUCCUUCCAGCUCGUGGCAGCGACUUCGGGUCGGGGCUCGUGCCGCUCUCGCAGGCCGCGGACCACUUCCGCCCGACGGACUUGGCGAAGAUCGGCGACUUGGCCCCGCUCGGGGCGGGGGUGCACGGAGAGAGCGGGAUCGCGCUGGAGCACCGCAUCCACUGCCAGGUGCUGGCUCUGGCCCUGGGCUACGAUUGCCUGGGCGCCAGCAAUCUGGCGAGCCUCGAGCUGCUCGCGCGGCGCGUGCUGCAGAUCGAGCGCGCUGUGCGGGUGAACUCGAAGGCGCCGUCUUUCCAGGGGUUGGCCAAGAUGACGGAGCACGCGCUGGACGAGGGCGGCGGGCUGGUUACGCGGGAGUUCACGGCGCACGCGUCGGCGCUCGCGGAGCAGGAGGCCCGGGUCCUCAAGCGGAACAGGCUGCUGCGGGAGGAGCUCGCGGCGAAGGCCAAGGACAAGGCUUCCCUGCCCUUCCCCUUGGUCUCCAAGGGGUCGGGCCAGUCGUCGGCUCGCCGGCGAGUCUCCCUGUUCAACGACGUCGCGCAGUGCCCGGACCUCCUCGUUUCGGACGCUGCCGUGGCGCUGUCUGCUCUGCGGGAGGCGCAUCCGCGGCUGCCGCUCCUUCAUCGGCGCCGCGCGAGCAGUCUCGCUUUCGCGCGCCUCUCCCCUUGGCAACGCCAGGCGGUCGAGCGGCUGCGCGCCUCCUCCAGUCCGCUGCUUGCCGACUGGAGCGUACCCUCAGGCAAGGACGCUCUCGCGGACUUGCUUCACUCCGACGACCUCUAUGCCGUGGCGGCUGGCGCUGCGCUGGGGUCCUAUGACAUCGACAAGCUGAGGGUGUCGAGAUGUGACCUGGUCCCGAAGGACGUGGCUUCUGCCACGUCUCCAGCGGCCGCGAAGCUGAUCGACGCCCCGCACAUGCACAUCCUGAAGUCAGACGCUGAGCUCUGCGCUGACGUGGACUCGGGGGCGCUUCGCGGGCAGCCGUACUGGGGCCCGAUCCUCAGGGGCAGCCGCGCGAAGAAGCUGGAGUUCUUGCGGGCGCUGUCCACGGCAGGGCUGCUCACCUGGCGGCGGCGAGUUCGGUGCCGGGUCAGGUGCUUCUUCGUCAAGAAGAAGGACUCCAUGCUCCGACUGGUGAUUGACGCGAGGUGGGCCAACCGCAUGUGCCGCACCCCGCCGCUCAGCCAGCUGGCGGUGCUGGGGGCCCUGGCGAGGCUCUCGGCCAGCGACGAGUCCUUCCGCAUGGUCCGGGAAAGGCUCGGGCGGACGGCGCAGGCGGACCUCGACUCGCCUGGCGACGACGAGAUGGUGGGCUUCUCGAUCGACCUGACCGACGGCUUCUACCAGUUCAAGUGCGAGGCGCUCGCGUCCAUGUUCGGCCUGGGCUACACCGGCACCGCCUCGAGCAUCGCCGACGAGUUCGGGAUCGCGCUCGACGCCGUGUUCGACGAUGACCUGCAGGCCGUCGACCCCGUCGACCCGUCCGAGGUUCUCGAGGCCUGCUUCCUCGGGAUGGUCAUGGGGUGGUCGUGGUCGCUCUACUUCUGCAACGAGGCCAUCUCGGAGUGCAUGCGGGAGGCGGUGCGGGAGACUGGUCUACCCGAUGUGCUGGUCGGCGAUCGGCAACGGCCCGCAUGCUUUGGGCCGCGUGUGCCAGCCCUGGCGCCGUACGUCGACAACGCGAACAUGCUGGCGGUCGGGCGUGAUGAGGGUCGGCGUGUCUUCGACCUCGUGCUGGCCGCGCUGCGUCGGCGGGGGUUCGCAUUGCGGGACCACGUCGACGGGGGGCCGGUCUUCGAGUUCCUGGGCCUUGUGCUGGACGGGCCGCGGCGCCGCCUGCGCCACAGUCAGAAGCGAUGUUGGCGGCCGUGGUCGGCACUCGGCCGCGUCCUGACCCUGGGACGCCUGUCAGGCGACGCCAUGCGGGUGCUCUGCGGUCACCUUUGCCACCACUUUGGCCUGAGGCCGCCGCUUCUCUCUAUCCUGCAGAGGGUGUAUGCCUUCGCGCGCGAGCAGCUGGGCACGGUCGCCAGCUUGCCGUCCGACGUCUGGGACGAGCUGUGGGUCGCGCGGUCCAUGCUGCCCUUCGCGGACGCCGACCUGAGGCGGCCGCUGUGUCGGACCAUCUGGUGUUCUGAUGCCUCCCUGCUCGGGUACGCGCUCCACGAGACCAAGGUCGGGCUGGCCGAGGUCUUCGACGUGGCCCAGUGGAAGGAGAGGUGGCGUUUCCGCGAGGUGGUGGAGUACGUCGACCGCGGGCCCAGCGACGUGCCGGCUGCAGCGGUGAUCGGCCCAGACGCCGGUCAGGACUGGGCGACAGUGAUGGUGGGGGCUGUGCGGAAGGACACCCGCGCCCCCAGCGCGGCGGUGGCGGAGCCCUCCCGGCUGGGCGCGCCCUACCGGCAGUUCUGCCGGCUCCUCGCGCAGGAGCGCGGGCGGGCCUGCAACUACGCCCUCAACAGUUGCUGUCGGGAGGCCGCCGCGUGGCAGGUGGCGGCCGGAGUGGACUGGCGUCGGAGGUACGUCGACACCGACAGGAACCCCUCCGACAGGGACUCCAGGCUCGGCGACCGCGGGAAGCUGUCGCCCAGGGACACGGUCACACCGCACGGGCCAGGUCGCCACCGGGCUCGACGACGAGCUGAUGCAGUAUCGGACUUCCUGCAGCGCGACCUGGUCUCUGCGGCCAGGGCUACAGUGGCGCCGGCGACGCCCGAGCGGGGCCUCGCCGCCGAGGAGCGUCGCUGUGGGGGCGGGCCCGAGGCGGCGCAGCCCCCGGCUAGACGUCAGGCUGGUCGAUUUGUUUUAGAGCUUUCCGCAGGCUGCGCUCACCUGUCUGGUGCCGUCCUCCAGGCGGGGCUCGACGUGGCCGUGCCCUUCGAGUUGGAAAACGGUUCGCAGUUCGACAUCCUACGCCCUGGUACCCUGGGGCUCAUCAUCGAGUGGAUCCGUCAGGGCCGCGUCUGGUGGGUGCAUCUGGGGACUCCAUGCACGUGGGCCUCACAUGCUCGCUCUACUGGGUCUCCCGAGGCACCAGCGGCCCGUGCUGGGCUGAGCUGCGCUCUGGCAUCGGUUCGCAUACUCCGGGCCGUCCUCGCCGUCUCGAGCAAGUACAAAAUAUACGUCACCAUCGAAAACCCGAUCACGUCGCGGCUCUGGGUGUGGAGGCCCAUGCAAACCAUUCUCGACAAGUUGGGGUGCUCGUACAUCGACUUCGAUAUGUGCCGCUUUGGGACACCUUAUCGAAAGCCAACUCGGAUUGCGUCGACACUUCCAGGCCUGGAUCUCGCCAUUGGGGUUCGAUGUAAUUGCACGGCACCGCACAUCAUUCUGAAGGGCAAGGUCACACUCGCUAUGAUGAGCUUCGCCGCGGCCGCGGGCCCGCCUGGCGCUGGACUCACCUGGAGGCCGCCACCCGUGCUGGGACAGCGCCAGGGGUCCUACGUCCGCCUCGAUGCCCGACUGCCCUUGUCGUCGGCUGGGAGCGCGCCUCCAGAGCUUGGGGUGUCCGCGUCCCUGCCGAGCGGCGGCGCGUUGGACCUGGUUGCUGGUGCCGCCGCAGUGGCCAAGAGGAGGGCGGCUCACCGCGACGUGGCCGCGGUGGCCCCCGUGGGCACGACGGAGACGCAGCCCGCUCCGCAGCCGGCGGUGGCGAUGAAGCGGCCGGCCCCGUGCGGCGCGGCCUCGGUGGGGCCCGCGGCCAAGAAGGCGCGUCCCUCCGCCGCGACGCCGGCGGACCAGUCCCACGUGGAGCGGGCCAGCCGCCGCGCGGCCGAGGACGCGUCCCCCAGCGACCUGAGCCUGACGAUGCCCGAGCUGCGGUCGAUCGGCAAGGAGACCAAGGACCGCUACUCUGCGGCCUUCGAGGAGUUCCAGGCCUGGGCGGGCCAACGCGGGCAGUCGCUCGGGUUGGGCAAAGGGCCGAAUGUGCUCCCUCGCUGCCGCAGGUCGCUCCAGGGGUUCCGCCGGGACGACCCUCCAGUGUCCGAGGGCCCGUGCCCGCGCGAGGCAGCGGCGCUGGUGGUGUCGGCGCUUCUGAAGGACGGGCCCCUGCUCUCGGUACUCAGCGGCCUGGCGUUCGGCGUGCAGUACGACCUCUUCGCCAGGCCCUCGAAGACGCUGAACAUCCUGCGCGAGGACGUCGUGGCGCCGCGGACCGGGGCCUACCAGGGCGCGGCCGUGAUCGUGGCCCCGGGCCCCGUGCGCGCGGCUGCCGCGGAGGCUGCCUCGACGCCGACGGCAGUGCGCAAACGCCCGGCGGCGCGGCCAGCCAAGAGCGGCGAGUUCGACGACGCCGUCCUCGCCGGGCUCAAGGGCCUGGGCUUCGAGUUUGCCCCCGAGGUACUCCUGAGCCUGCAACGGUGCGCGCUCCCAGGCCAGCCGCUGUUCUCGCCGCUGACUCUGGGCGAGUACGAGCGCCACAUCCUGAAAGGCGCAGAGCUGGCCGGCCCCGACCCGCUCCGAGUGACCCCUCACUCGGCACGGCACGGCGGGGCCAGCUCGGCCAUGCACCUGCAGCUGCUCGACCUCAAGGUGAUCCAGAAAAGAGGCCGCUGGCUGGCGCCACGCAGUGUGAAGAGGUACGGGAAGAGUGGCAAGCUCCUGCGUCAGGCCGCGGCCAUCUGUCACAAGAUCCCGAUGGGCGCCGCACUCCUCGACCCAGCGAGUCGCGACUCGUUGAAGAAGCAGAUGCUGACCGCCGCCAAUUCCAUCCGUCGGUUAAAGGCGCAGGCUAACAUUUGA